GCAGCAGCACGCCAACGCGCAAAACCCAGAGUGGGGAGCCGAUACGGCGGGAGCGCGCAGGACCAAAGCGGCGCGCAUGCACAACUGUCAGCACCAAGGACAGCAGCCGCUCAGCCCGGAGCGACCAGCCAGCGACGCAUCGGGGUGAUCAGUCCGCACAUAGCGCGCGGAGCAGCGGCUGGAGGGAGCGAUACACAUCCCGGAGAGGAAGCAGCCCGGAAGCUUGGACAAUGGUUUGAGUGUAUUUUCCAAACCGCGGGGAGGUUUGUGCCAUUCUGCAGAGGAGAGCAAGAAAAGAAGUGGACAAUGCGGUGUGGACGUCCCUGGUUGACAGCCUGCCCCUAAUAUGCACAUUCCUCCGCAUUGCACAUAAAAUCCACCUUUCUUUUCUCAGUCCUCCUUCAUCCUUUUUUGGCCUGCCUCCCUCCUUCGCUCUCACCACCCACCUGGAUCGUGUCUGCAGUCGUGCAUUCAUAUAGCUGAGCCGUGCCGCUGUCCAGAAGCUGGUCGAGCCGACCCGCCACCGGGGAGAAAAGCGACCGGGCUGUACUGUGCUGUUUGGUGGUCCACACGAUGCGUCUGUUUCUGCUGGCGGUGCUCUUCUCGUGCUCCUGCGCGCGGGCCGGCUGUGAGCCGAAAAUCGUGAACAUCGGGGCCGUCCUGAGCCAGAAGAGAUACGAGCAGGUCUUCAAAGAUGCCGUGACCCAGGCCAACCAGGUCUACGGCAGGGAUAAAUUCAAGCUGACCGCCAUCUCCGUAACGCACAAGCCCAACGCCAUCCAGAUGGCUCUCUCCGUCUGCGAGGACCUCAUCUCCAGUCAGGUCUACGCUAUCCUGGUGAGUCACCCUCCCCAGUCCAAUGACCACCUCACUCCAACGCCUGUCUCCUACACUGCAGGCUUCUACCGCAUCCCUGUGGUGGGGCUCACCACCCGUAUGUCCAUCUACUCGGACAAGAGUAUCCACCUGUCCUUUCUGCGGACAGUCCCUCCCUAUUCCCACCAGGCGCAUGUGUGGUUCGACCUUAUGCGUGAGUUCAACUGGAACCACAUCAUCUUGAUAGUGAGCGAUGACCACGAGGGGCGGGCUGCUCAAAAGAGGCUCGAGACCCUGUUGGAGGAGAGAGAAACAAAGAAUAAAAAAAGGAACUAUGAAAACCUCGACCAACUGUCCUAUGACAACAAGCGAGGACCUAAGGCAGAGAAAGUCCUCCAGUUCAGCCAGGAGACUAACUUAACUGCCCUGCUGCUGGAGGCGAAAGAGCUGGAGGCCCGAGUCAUCAUUCUGUCCGCCAGUGAGGAGGACGCUGCUGCAGUGUACAAGGCUGCCCGCUUCCUCAACAUGACCGGCUCGGGGUACGUGUGGCUGGUGGGCGAGCGGGAGAUGUCGGGUAAAGCCCUGAGCGAGGCGCCAGACGGUCUGAUUGGCCUCCAGCUCAUCAACGGGAAGAAUGAGUCAGCCCAUAUCAAUGAUGCGGUGGCUGUGGUGGCUCAGUCCAUCCAGGAGCUCUUUGAGAAGGAGAAUAUCACGGAACCCCCGAGAGGAUGCGUGGGCAACACCAACAUCUGGAAAACAGGGCCACUCUUUAAACGGGUGCUGAUGUCAUCCAAAUACCCAGAGGGCCUCACAGGACGCGUGGAGUUCAAUGAUGAUGGAGACAGAAAGUACGCCCAUUACAGCAUACUCAACUACCAGAAGAGUCGACUCAUUCAAGUCGGCAUCUACAAUGGAACACAGGUGGUAAUGAACAAUCAGCGGAAGAUCAUCUGGCCCGGAGGAGAGACUGAGAAACCACAGGGCUUCCAGAUGUCCACUCGAUUAAAGAUAGUGACGAUACACCAGGAGCCAUUUGUAUAUGUGAAACCCACUCAGCCGGACGGAACAUGCAAGGAGGAAAUGACAUUAAAUGGAGUCUUAAUUAAAAAGGUUAUCUGCACUGGGCCCAAUGAGACCAUCCCAGGACGCCCAAUUGUGCCCCAGUGUUGUUAUGGAUUCUGUAUUGAUCUCCUCAUCAAGUUGGCUAUGACCAUGAACUUUACCUAUGAGGUGCAUCUGGUGGCUGAUGGGAAAUUCGGAACUCAGGAGCGGGUGAACAACAGUAACAAGAAAGAGUGGAAUGGCAUGAUGGGCGAGCUCCUCGGGGGCCUGGCUGACAUGAUUGUAGCCCCGCUGACUAUAAACAACGAACGAGCCCAGUACAUCGAGUUCUCCAAACCCUUUAAAUAUCAAGGCCUCACCAUCCUUGUUAAAAAGGAAAUACCUCGCAGUACGCUGGACUCAUUCAUGCAACCGUUCCAAAGCACACUGUGGCUGCUGGUGGGUCUAUCGGUGCAUGUGGUGGCGGUGAUGCUUUACCUACUAGACCGGUUCAGCCCGUUUGGAAGAUUUAAAGUAAACAGUGAAGAAGAAGAAGAAGAUGCCCUCACCUUAUCAUCUGCUAUGUGGUUCUCCUGGGGAGUGUUGCUGAACUCUGGAAUUGGAGAAGGUGCACCGCGCAGCUUCUCAGCGAGAAUCCUGGGUAUGGUGUGGGCUGGAUUUGCCAUGAUCAUUGUGGCUUCCUAUACUGCUAACCUGGCUGCCUUCCUGGUGUUGGACCGGCCUGAGGAGCGCAUCACCGGCAUCAAUGAUCCACGGCUGAGAAACCCAUCGGACAAGUUCAUCUACGCCACGGUGAAGCAAAGCUCCGUGGACAUCUACUUCCGGCGGCAGGUGGAGCUUAGCACCAUGUACCGCCACAUGGAGAAGCACAACUAUGAGAGUGCCGCCGAGGCUAUCCAGGCCGUGCGUGACAACAAGCUGCAUGCUUUCAUCUGGGACUCUGCGGUGCUGGAGUUUGAAGCCUCGCAGAAGUGCGACCUGGUGACCACGGGAGAGCUGUUUUUCCGUUCGGGCUUUGGCAUAGGCAUGCGCAAGGACAGCCCCUGGAAACAGAAUGUGUCCCUGGCCAUUCUCAGUUCUCAUGAGAACGGCUUCAUGGAAGACCUAGAUAAAACCUGGGUGAGAUACCAGGAGUGUGACUCAAGGAGCAAUGCCCCAGCCACACUCACCUUUGAAAACAUGGCAGGAGUGUUCAUGCUGGUGGCUGGUGGUAUUGCGGCAGGGAUCUUCCUAAUCUUCAUUGAAAUCGCCUAUAAGCGCCAUAAAGACGCCCGCAGGAAGCAGAUGCAGCUGGCCUUUGCGGCGGUCAAUGUUUGGAGGAAGAACCUGCAGCCCUCUUCCUCUCUAGAGACUCAGGAUGAUAGGAAAAGUGGUAGAGCAGAGCCCGACCCCAAAAAGAAAGCCUCUUUUAGGUCCAUCAGUACCACCCUGGCCUCCAGCAUCAAGAGACGUAGGUCCUCCAAAGACACGCAGUACCCACCCACUGACAUCACGGGCCAGCUCAACUUGUCUGACCCGUCUGUCAGCACCGUGGUGUAAAGAGAGGGAGACACCGAGGUUCGCUCCCCAGGGAGAGAGGAAGCGAGACGAGGAAGAAAAAGGAGAGGAGGAAGAAGUGGAGGCGACAGGGAGGGAGAGCCCAUCUCCUCGUUCCCUUUGCCGCUCGAAGCCGAAGCUUUCAUUUCACCGCCUGUCGACGGAGCUUUUGAGGAAACCGCUUGCUGAAGAAGUGUCUGAAAACACUGAACUUGCACCUUUUUUUAAAAAGUCAGGAUUACCUGACGUUAGAUGUUCCCUGAGCAUGCACAUUAGACCCCAUCUGACUCACAUAUACGAUCUUUUCCUUCUGUAUAUUAUUAGCAAACUUAUUUAACCUUGUUUUUGUCCUUUUACUCACAGAAAUUUACUUAAUGUUUGAUGUACUUUCAAAUUUCCUGUAUAAGUUUAGAAAGCCAGGUUGAGUUUAGGUUAGGUUUAUGGAUUAACCAAGUUUUGGUGCAAGUACUGUACUCAACAUAUCACUUCCAAUUAGGGCUUAGAUACCAUAGUAAUAUCUAGUUUUCUGAACAACAUAUACUGCAAUACAAGACGUACUGUAAGCUUCAAUGGAUAUCAAGUAUUUUUUAAUAGGAACUACCUACCUGUGUUUUUAUUGACACUUUAAAGGUUUUUCAAAGACGUUU